CUUGCAGCUGAUUCCAACCGUUACAAUGUGAUUUCUACUUCGUGAAAGGUUUUAAUUCUACAUAAGGAUGUCUGAAUGUGAUCAGAAUGGCAGAGUAUGAGACGCAGUACCAGUCACUGGCUUCUUAUGAUGAAGAGGAAGAAACAGAUGACAAUGAAAUUCCAGUCCAUGACACCAACUUUAUGAUUCAUGUGGUUCCUGAGAGCUCUCGUUGGAACCAUAUAGAGAAUCUAGAUGACUUUUUUGCACGGAUAUACAACUUCCAUCAAAGAGGAGGUUAUGUCUGUAUGGUGGUGGAGGAUAUUCUACAACUCAUACAAUUUGUGUUUGUGGUAUGGUUCUCAACCUUUCUAGCGUCAUGUGUCCGAUAUGACAUCUUGUUUGCCAAUCAACCCAACAUGACAAAUCACAAGGUCACUAUUCCAGAGGCCAUCCGACCAUUUGACCAGUGUCUUGGCCAAUUUGACUUUGGUAUAGUGCUGUCUCUCCUGGUUGCCCUUGUGUUUUGGAUUUUCCGUCUUAUCAAGGUCAUCUACAACAUUAUCAAAUACACAGAGAUUCGCUCUUUUUACAUUCAUGCCCUCAAUAUCUCUGCAGCUGAACUACCCAACAUGACUUGGCAUGAAGUACAACGAUGUCUGCUAGAGGUUCAAAAGGAACAGCAGAUGUGUAUACACAAACAGGAACUCACAGAAUUAGAUCUAUACCACAGAAUUCUCCGAUUUAAAAACUACAUGAUUGCCAUGGUGAACAAAUCGUUACUCCCGGUGAAAUUUAAGGUGCCUUUAGUUGGAGACUAUGCGUUUCUCAGUACAGGAUUGAAAUAUAAUUUAGAGUUAAUACUGUUUUGGGGACCAUGGUCACCUUUUGAAAAUAAUUGGAAAUUAAAAGAAGAUUUUCGACAAGCUCACCGCAGGAAAGAUUUAGCGGAAAUGUUAUCUAAAAGAAUUCUGUGGAUAGGUAUAGCAAAUCUAGUUCUUAGCCCUCUCAUCUUCCUUUGGCAAAUACUCUACUCCUUCUUCAGAUAUGCAGAGCUGAUAAAAAGACAGCCAGGCAUACUAGGAGCUAGACGAUGGUCUAACUAUUCCCGGUUGUAUUUAAGACAUUUUAAUGAGCUGGACCACGAAUACAACGCAAGGUUAAACAGAGGAUACCCAGCUGCAAAUAUGUACAUGAAUAUCUUUACUUCUCGAAUAACCAUUAUCAUGGCCAAAAAUGUUGCCUUCUUUGCUGGCUCCAUACUGGCUGUACUGGUUGUCCUGUCUGUGUAUGAUGAAGAUGUCCUUAGCGUAGAACAUGUCCUCACUACCAUCUCACUAGCAGGCCUGGUUGUGACAGCAUGUCGGGUCCUUAUCCCAGAUGAGCACAUGGUGUACUGUCCUGAGGUACUGAUGAGGAACAUAUUGUCCCACAUACACUACAUCCCAGACUACUGGAAAGGCAACGCUCACACCUACAAAGUCCGGGAUGAAUUUGCAAUCCUUUUCCAGUACAAACUUUCCUAUCUACUAGAGGAGCUGCUUAGUCCUCUCGUCACACCUUUCAUCUUGUGUCUGUGUCUCAGACACAAGGCGCUGGAGAUCGUGGACUUCUUCCGAAAUUUUACUGUCACAGUAGUGGGAGUUGGAGAUGUUUGUUCUUUUGCUCAGAUGGAUGUUAGAAAACAUGGCCAUCCAGAGUGGGCCCACAAAGUAGAUACAGAGGCAAACCAGUACAACCAGGCAGAAGAUGGCAAGACAGAAUUAUCCCUAAUGCACUUCCAUCUAACAAACCCUGAAUGGAAACCCCCAAACACAGGUGGAACUUUUAUACAGACAGUCCGAGAGGAAG